AUGCUGAAGAAGCGUCGCUUGCUUCUCAAUCAAAUGAUGCUGUACUGCACUCAGUUCCUUUGGAUUAUUCUCUACACUCAGCUCCUUUGGAUUAUUCUCUGCACUCAGCUCCUCUGGAUUAUUCUCGAGUGCAAAGGGAAGGUGGAGGCCCCGAGGCGCUGCCGUUGGCAUCCUCGAAAACCCACGGAGAGUGCGAAAUCGACCAGCGUAAAGAUAACUGUGCUUCUUCUUCCCGGCUCUGUUCAGAUGAGUUGCAGAGCAAUCGAUCUGAGUGUCAAGCUGCCAGGGACUGGGCCCGUGCCAAUGACGACGCAGUUGCUCUUUGGCGGGAAUUCGAACGGCUCCCGAAAGAGGAGUUUUAUGCUCGGAUCGAGGCGCUCAAGGCAUACAAACUUCGAAUGGGAAUUGAGAGUCCCGAGGAGGCGCCGAGUCCUGAGGAGGAUGCUGGCCGUGGGAAAGGCCAGAGGCACCGCAGAAACAGGAGGCGGGCAAGGGCGAAGGCUCAGGCAGUUCUAA